AUGCUCCAAUCUGCACUUUUGCUGCUACACACAAGAGGUCUGAUCUGCAUGUCCAAGUCUUCUGCAAUGCUUAGCACAAUGAGACUGACUUCCGAACUGUCCUCGCGAUUGACUGUGCGCAAGUCAACCUAUUCGUUCACGGUGGAGCAAUCAAACUUUCUGGCGUUGCGUCAGGCCAAACGCUUUGUUGCAUCGAAGGUGUCAGUCGCAACCAGGAAGCUGCAACAAUUCCCACAAACAUGUUCAGCUCUGCAGGCAGGAUGCCUGCUUCCGAAUCUUGGAUUCUACGGGAGACUUGCGGGCAUCGGCCGCCUCAUGCAGAUCGCGCUGCAACAUGGCGGCACAAUAGCCUUUAAGCGCAACCCACGUGUGAGAAGCCGGGUCUGCCAGUGA